AAGUACAAAUAGUUCGCACUGGCAAGAAACACCUAAUGGGUGAGGAAUAAAAGUGACCCGUCAGUUAGUAACGUGCUUCGUGUCGAGGUUGUGUUUCAUCGAAGAGGAGGUAGCGGUUCGUUCAGCGCUGCAAAACUAGCUUGUUUCCUCAGAAGUAUGGCAGAGCCACAGAGAAAAGGAGAGCUGCUACCCGAGGAUGUUGGCACAGAUGACUGCCUGACUUCAUACACACACAUCUAUAGUCCAGAUCUACUAAAAGAUCAGGUUGCUUUUAUCACAGGUGGUGGAUCUGGAAUUGGACUCAGGAUAGCUGAAAUCUUCAUGAGGCAUGGCUGUGACACAGUGAUUGCGAGCAGGAACUUGGACAAGCUCAAAGAGGCAGCUAAAAAGCUGUCUGCAGCGUCAGGCCGCCGCUGCCUCCCUUUGUGUAUAGAUGUGAGGCAGCCGGAGAGCAUCUCAGCUGCUGUGGAUGAGACACUGAGAGAGUUGGGACGUAUAGACAUCCUCGUUAACAAUGCUGCUGGAAACUUCUUCUGCCCAGCAACAGCACUCUCCUUCAACGCCUUCAAGACAGUGAUGGAGAUAGACACUAUGGGUACAUUCAACACAAGCAAGGUGGUCUAUGAGAAGUGGUUCCAGAAUCAUGGUGGCAACAUAGUCAACAUCUCUGCAACAAUUGGAUACAGGGGACAGGCCCUGCAGGUGCAUGCUGGCUCUGCUAAGGCUGCAAAUGAUGCCAUGACCAAGCACCUGGCUGUGGAGUGGGGCCACAGUGGGGUCAGAGUCAAUACUGUGGCUCCAGGUCCUGUCUCUGGCACAGAGGGCUACCGCAGACUGGUUGGUCCCAGAGCGGAGGCUGCUGGUUUGUUCCUAUCCAUUCCUUUGCAGCGAGCAGCCAACAAGACAGAGAUGGCCCACUGCGCUCUCUUCCUGGCCAGCCGGGCCUCCUCCUAUGUGACUGGAGCCAUCCUGGUGGCGGAUGGCGGGUCGUGGCUGACCUUGUCUAACGACUUCUCCAGCCUGUUGGGUAUAGCCUCCUCUAAAUCCGCUAAACUCUGAACAGGGUGCUCUUCUGUCCUCCUCCUGACUCAGGGUAUUGGUCAUCCGAAAAGAAAAGAGACAAAUGAAUGAUGAAAUCAAACGUGUAAUCAAGGAGCCAUCUGUAGCACUGAUAUGCUACAUGUUCAGUAUUUGUGGUUUGUGCCUUAAGAGUGUAAUGCUGAGGGGCUGGAGGAAAGGACACUAACAUCCUGUACUGUAUUAUGUGUUUUUACAAGCUUAGUAAUGGAUCAAAUUUUAUAACCAUUCAGGGAUUGUUCACACAUUAUAGUGCUGUGUUGUCAUCAUGCAUUUCAUAUAUCAUCAUGUGUAUCGUGCCAUUUCAUGUGAUUUUUCUGUACUUCUCCUUUAUUAAUAAAACGUGUAAUUAGA